GUGCUCUUGCCUCUUUUAGAUGACGUUAGCUCUGUCUGGAAUCAGCUAUCCUUGCCAUCGCCUCAGUGUUUGUCGAAGGUCUUCACCAGCUAACGCCCAGGAACCAACAGAUGAGUGUACAGAUGUCCAUAUGAUCAGUGACAGUGAGGGGGACGAUUACGAAGAUGCGUCAGAAUUUGGGGUGGAUGAUUCAGAAAUGUUUGGAAUGACCUCGUCAAGCUGUCGGAAAUCACCUAUGAUGCCAGAAAACAGUGAGAACGAAGCGGAUGCCUUACUUUACUUUACUGCCGAAUUUUCUUCAAGAUAUGGAGAGACCCACCCGAUGUUCUAUAUUGGGUCUUUGGAGGCAGCGUCUCAAGAGGCCUUCUACGGCAAAGCCAGAGAUGUUUUGGUCCUGAUGGACCGCAGCCUUCUGCUAGUGGUGGCACCAGCAUCCCAGAUGAUGAUGGAGGAGGUAAGGAUGGACUCAGUGAUGGAGAAGUAG